CCCUAAGGUGAAACUUCCACACCACCUCCCCUGGUUUCAGGUGUAAUCAUAAACCAGCUCAAGGCAAUUAUGGGUAAUGUAGUCCCGUGGCUCACGCCUGUCUGUUUGAACCAGCGGUGCCAGGUUCCUGCUAGACUGCACAUUCCAGCAGGCAUUGCUCAGCUCUCCAAAGAGGGAAGCUCGCCAGGUGUGCUCCAGCACCACCUGAACCCUGAGCACGCCAGAGUGUUUCAAAGCCAGAGCAGGAAUAAGUGCUCCUUCAACAGUACUGAUGUCUUGAACAAAGACAUAAUUUGGAUCUAGGGAAAAGCUCUUCGUUUCCAGAAUGGAGGAAAAUUCUUCCAGUAGUGGAACAGAUUCCCUAAGCAGCGGAGAGAUUCCACGAAGCCGGUCAGAGGGGACUUUGAUUGAUGUGGAUGACCAGACACCUUCAGACAGCUACAAUGCCAAUGAAAGUAAGCUGGAUUUGGAUAUUGACUGGCCUGGUGUAUUCAAGCAUGCCCAAUCUGUUUCCAAGACUAAUCCUUUCUGGAAUGAACUGUCAGGAUCCAACCCUUUUGUACAUGACAUAGCUGCUUCCAAUAGAAACGAAAAUAAUAUGCGUCUUUCUAUCUUAAAGGAAAAACCUUAUUGGUUCUCUAAAAUUUCAAGCAAUAGGGACUCUUUGGAUUCCUCAGGUGAUGAGCUAGAUAUUGACUGUCUACUAAGAAAGACUUCAGCAAGAAGAUCUGGACGAUCCAAGAGUGUCUCUGACUUCCUGGAUAUAGUUGAUAACCAAAGAUUUAAUCCUCACAAGACAGCCCCUCAAAAAGCUACUGCAUCUGAUAUGACAUGGUUUCAGAAUGACCGUGAAGCCUACAAGAUGGCUUGGCUGAGCCACCGACAGCUCACCCGAUCCUGCCUGGAUUUAGAAGCCAUGAGCCACAGCCCUGGGUGGGCACAAACACAAGCUACAGACAUUCAUGUAGUUUGUAAACUGAAUCACGAAGGGGGCUCAGUGCAGCUACCUGACUCAGAUAUCAACAUUCGUGUCCCUGUGGGUCAUGUAUUACCAGGAGAAUUCCAAGAAGUUGGUUUAAAGGCUAUCCUUAACCCUCCAUUGUCAUGCAACAAUGAGCUGUCCAGCACAGUAAGUCCUCUGAUAGAACUUACACUGAGCAACCUCAACACAAGCGAAGCCAUUUUCCUAGAAGUGAAAGUUGCAGCUAAAGUGAAGAGUGAUCCACUCAGCCAAGUUAUGUGUGAUAUUGUGUGUUUUUUUAGUCUCAACAAAGAAGGACCUUUUAAGAAGCUAGAGAAUUGCUAUAUUUAUCAAGAUACCAUACAAGUGAAGCUAACAGACCUAAGUCAUGUGAUGUAUGCAGUGAUUGCUGUACAAGCAAGCAAAAUCCAGCCUCCAGCAACUAAUGUGUGGGACUAUGUCCAUAGAACAGUCUCAGUUGGAAUUUAUGGUCCCAAAUACAUUCAUCCAUCUUUUACAGCAGUUUUUACAGUCUUUGGUCAUAAUUACAUUCCAGGAAAACUCACGAUUUGCGAUAUAAAAAAAGGGGGGAAAAGUAUGCCUCCUGUGGUGUUUCAGCUGUGGGGAAAGCAUACAUUUCUGCUUGAAAAACCACAAGACCUAAACAUUUCUUUGAUAUCUUGUGAUCCAGACUUUCAAGUAAAAAUGGAAGAUCAAAGCAAAAAUAUUAAAAAGGAGGAGUUGAAAACUGGUGAAAUGGUCCGCCAACAAUUCCUGUUUUCCAUGCUUGGAUGCAGGGAGAUGCAUUUCUUUGUUUUCCUUGUUCAGAUUAAAAUCUUGAAAAGUAGCCAAAUAACACAGUUCCAUGUUACGACUCCUGAUCCAGCUCCAAAAUUAAGUGGAAUUAUUAAUCGGCCAAAGUGUCUACAAAACCGCAAGGAAAUCAAGUCUGCACCAUGGCUUUUGAUACCAACAAUAAAAUACCCAAAGUUUCAAGACAAAACUUUGACUGUCAACACUUAUGGAGUGGCUUUGAAAACUGUGUUACGUCAGAAUAAGAUUGACUAUUUGCUGGAAUAUUUUAAAGGAGACACAAUAGCUCUGCUUGGUGAAGAUAAAGUUAAAGCCAGCGGACAAACUAAAAUGAAAGAGUGGUAUGUGGGAGUUCUCAGAAGAAAAAUUGGUCUUGUACAUUGCAAAAACAUUAAAGUGAUUUCUAAAGAACAAGCUAUGGACACUGCUGAUAGUGAGCUAACAACCAGGAAUCUUGUUGAACAAAUUGCAUUGCCAUUCAAAAAACUGACUUAUAUCUACUCAGUAGUUCUAUCUACAGUGUCAGAGAGUGUUUAUGACUGGAGAGCUUUAGCUGAGGUGUUGGGAUACUCACAUAUGUCUUUGGAUGACUUUAAUGAGGCACAGAUUGAUAAAGAAUCAGAAAGAGUUGCGCAUGUUGUGAAAAAGAUGAAGCAAGACUGCCAUGCUAACAAAAAAAAAAGACUAUUUCUUUAUGAACUCAUUGUUGCACUUUUGAAAAUAGAUUGCCAGGGAUUAGUGGCACGUCUUACCCAGGACACCAUCAUCUUGACUUCAGCUGUCAAGCUUGGCAAAAGCUGGCGGGAGCUCGCGGAGAAGCUAGCCCGCCUCACAAAGCAGCAAAUAGAGGCUUACGAAGUGCCCCACCACGGGAAAAAUGGAGCAGUGGCUCUGGAGAUGAUGUGGAAACCUGCAUAUGACUUUCUCUACACUUGGGCUGCCCAUUAUGGAGAUGGUUACAGGGAUGUCUUACAAGACCUGCAAUCAGCCUUGGAUAAAAUGAAAAACCCAGUAACAAAACAGUGGCGAGAGUUAACUGGAGCUCUGAUUCUUGUAAAUUGCAUGGAGGUGUUAAGAGCAAGUGCCUUUUCCAAAAUGGAGGAAGAGUAAUGGACAUAAUACAUUUUUGGAAAAUCUUUUAGGAAACUAUACCACUGUGUAGAGUUUAUCUGUGUGCUUAUGUUUCGGAGAUACUUGUAGAGAAUGACAGAAUGAAGUUUGUUUUAACUGAGCUGAUGUUGGGUCUAGCCCGAUGGUUCUCAGCUACAGAUUGCCAGAGCGUGCUAGUGGCUUCUGAGUAAAUAAGAAAAGAAUGGGGAAUUAAACUAAUGAGGUCAACAAAAAUGACUUGUAUUCUAUGGGAUAUUUUCUAAAAGGAGCUGUUUCUGAUUGCACUGACUUCUACGAAGAGAUCAGUUUAAAAAACAGAACUAUUCAUGAGGGAGUUCAGCAUGUGGAGCCUAGGUUUACAUUGUUUUCAGUGAAGUAUUAAAAUCUAAAUAUUUAAUACAUUUAAUGUUUGGUGCUCAAACCCCUCAGCUCUAAUUCAGUGGGUGCAGGUUAGCUUACAAAAAAACCUUUAAGAUUUUUUCAUCCUCAUCUGGGACAAAACUAAUCUAAUUGUCUCACCACAAAGGAAUUCAACAGUUCCUGGAAAAAUAGGUGUGUGCUGCACACACUCAAAAAAUAGGUGUGUGCUGCACUUUUCCAAAACAGCUUCUGGUAUCUAUUUUAAAGACUCAAGAGAGACAGAAGAUAAAAUCUCAAAACCGUUUGGUUUUGAUUUAUUUGUUGAUGCAACUCAACAGGGUUUUGUCUCUUUUCAUAUUUUUGUUAGUUUAUAUUUCUGCCAUUUUUUUCUACAUUCUGCUGAAUGGAAAUUACAGAAAAUUCCAGAAGCCUUCUUUAUGCACACUGUCCAUCCCUCUGAUCAUUUCCAUAGUCCUUCCCUGUUGCUUUUAGGUAAGUACAAUAGGGAAGGAGACUUUGUAGGUACAAGGACUGGAAACAAUUCAUACCCGCAUCUGUUGAUUGUUUUCUUCUACCUCACUGGAUAUGGAAGAUGACUUAUUUUCUCAAAAAAAGUUAACAGUGGAGUGCUUUUAAGAUUAAUUUAUUUGUGGAGCAAUUAAUUACAACUAGUCAUAUGUUCUAAAAAGAACCCUGCUUAGAUUCUACCAGUAAAAAUCUUCCAAUAACUGAGUAGCUUAUUAUAAGUACAGAAAAUACAGGUUGAAUAAUAGUUACAGGCUGAGAAAAUUUUUUAAUAAAAUUUUUAAUGUAUUAAAUAUAUUUUUAGAUAAGUGAUAGAUUUAAAGGUUAAAUCCAUUUUGCGCUCCUUUGAUCAACAUUCAUUCAGAAACAUCAGCAGAUACACAAGACAACCAGUUGAAAAGAUAAUUGGCAUUCUGCCAUCACUUGUGGUUGACAAGACAAAGCCAAAUUCUUUCAAGAAUAGCAAAAUACAGCACUUCAGUCCAGAAACUGCGCUUCCUCUGUUGUCUUAGUUUAUUUCUGCUAAGGGAGGUUUUGUGACUCUAAGUAAAACUACAUUUAGACAUUUUUCUUCCCCUCUCCUUUCCUCUAACCUUUUUCUUUUCCACUUUCAUUAAGCUUUCCCAAUGUAUCCAUAGCUCAGGAAGGGGGCUGAGGAAGGAGUACUUGCCAGGAUAAUAGGUAAAUUCAUUCACCAGAAGGUCCUCUAGCAUCAGGGCAUUUUCUGAAUUAGUAUGCAUACAAGUUAUCUGUCUUCAGAGGACUUGCCCUUGGUUUGCAGGACAACGAGGAAUUCAGUCCACAGAGCACUAUCUGCUGUUGCUGAUCAAGGAAAGGUAGAGAAAAAGGAGCCAGAUUAUCAAAGCUCCCUGCUGUUUCAGGUGCCAGCACCGAUUUUAUAUCUUUCCCCACAGAGUUUUAAGAAGAGCUGCAGAGAAAAUAGAAAUUUCUCUUGUGAUCUGCGCUUCAGUGCAGAGACAGCUUGUCCUUCCUUCUGCAGGUAGUGAAGCCCCUGAAAGAUGAGAAAGUAGGUUGUCCCACUCUUUUGUGCUGCUAGGUAAGGAAAAGGUAUAAAAUAUGUUAAAAGAUGUUUUUAAAUGUAAAAAAGACACAUGCAAAUAUUGGAGUAUAAAAUGUUAAGAACUAAUACAAACUUGCUGAGAUUUUUUUUUAGGUUUCCUAGACUGCUUCUGCUUCUACCUUAGACCCUGCUCUUAGCAGACUGUGAAACCUGAACAGGAUUUUGUAGUGGUGCAAGAGGUCGCACGCCAAAUCAACUUAAAACCUCAGGGAAAUAUACUUUUUCCUUCCUCAGAGCUGAAAUACCAGAGGAGAUCACAAAGCAAAUCUUUCAGCUUCACUCGGUUGUCUUACUAUCUGCUUUUCAUGCAUCCAAGCAGGCUAUGUUCCCUUGCUUAAAGCCCUGUUAUGUCAAUUUUUAAAACCAUUUUCCUUUCACUUUUUUCCCUCUUUUGUUAACCUGGCUGCAACAGCUAAGCAACUCAGCUUGCAUCUGCUUCUGAAAGUGAGACUGUGCUUCCAUCCUUUUCUUCCACAUCUUAAUUUCUUAUCUUUAGUAAAUGUGUGUUUACUUUCUUUUUCAAAAGGACAUGUAGUAAUUUCUUUGUUCAGUCCUGUGUUUUUCUGUUAUGAAUACCAGUCAAAAGAGUGGGAAAAGCUACCAGAAUUCCUAAUGGCACAAGUCAACUGAAUAUAAAUAUAAAGGACAAGUUGCCUAAAGCCAUUGAGGCUGAAGGAAAGCCCAUCCCAAGAAGGUAGUCAGUGGUCAUGGUCUCAGGAAGAGAAGAGCCUAGGGAUCAGAGGAUGUUGCCUGUAGCUCUCAUGGCCAGGCCCUUUGCACUGAAAGCUUUUUCUGUCCUGAACAAGAGUUGAAUUUGGCCCAGCAAAUUUAGCAAAUAUUGACUCAGUGAGUCAGUGCUCUCCUUAGCUUGCAGAAUUAUGCAACAUGUCCUCCACGUAUAUUUCUUUAAAAGGAAAUUUAUAUCUGCCUGCAGUUGUGCUGUAUUCCAGGGCCUUUGACUGCUGGUUGCUAAUUGCACUCCCAUUACUGCUUUAAGCUUCUGCUCAUAUGAAUGAAAUGUGCACUCGUGCAAUAUGCUGUUUACUUUAGCAGCCCACACUGGAUAUAUUUAAAAAAAAAGGUAUUAAAACCCCAUAUUUUAUUUAGUGGUCUAGUAUUCAGAACCACAAAAUGCCAGCUCAGAGUGAAAGCAGCUGCACUCAACAGCAACACACAGCUUGGAGCACAUGGCUUAGGUAAACAUGCUCUGUUCUUGACCUUUUUUCUUUUCCUCCCACCCUGUCAAGAGAGAACAGCUUUCCCAUGAGCCUGCACACAUACUUUCUUGUGUUUCUUCAAAGUGAGAUGAGAUUAACAGCUCCUUGGGAGGAGACAAGGGAAAAUACCAGCCGCUGGUCCUUGCCUUAAAUGACCCUCUGUUUCCACGUUUCCUAAUUUCUUUGUGUAGAAAACAGCUGUGUCAGCCAGUUCCAUUUUCCUUUGAAGUUGUAGGCAGAAAACCCCUUUAUCCUUCCUUCAUCCUUCUAUUCUCUGAAUAGGUGUUUCUUAAACAAAUGAGCAAAUGAAAUUUGUGAGCGCAUCUGUUGCUUUACAAUUCCACCUACCCAUGAAAACUGGAAUAAUGGUUCCCUUGGUUGAGAGCAUCUGAGUGGGGCAGACACCUUCCAUGGUGGGCAGUGGCAAGGAAAACCUGUCACUCACACUCAAAAAGCUGUUUUUUCAGUGAAGUUGGAAGCCAUUCAUCUUGCAGUGCAGAGGGUUCAUGCCAUGUAAUGACACAGUGCAGUGACAUAUUUCUGAAUUAAUAACAGUCAAGGUUGGAGAGAAAAGGCAUAUUAUUCCUCCUCAGAAGUUCCAGCCCUCCGGUUGGGUUUGGGGAAGGGUUCAGUUUCUUAGGUUUCACUUGCUUUUUUUGGAAAGCAGAGGUGUAGGAAAGGAAAAGGAAGUUUCUUUUAAAAUGUAAGUAAAGGGCUACUCCCCAAGCCAGGCUCCAGGCAGCAGGCUGGAUGCCAAGACCAAGCUAAAUGUUAUGGGGUGUUCUUUGUGGAAUUUUCUAGGGGAGACAAUGGGAGGAGGCACCAGGCAUCUUUCUUCCUACUGAGAACAGAAAAAUGUGGAGGAGCAGACAAGUGUUUAUUAGGUAAUUUUUUCAUGACAAAGACUGUUUUUCACAAAUCCUUUCUGUAAACCUAAGCUGUGGGGAAAACAAACACUAAGCAGUUCCAAAGGAGCAACUCAAUUUUGUUGUGUUGAGCUGACUCUAAAAACCUACUCCUAAAGUAUCUCUGGGCUCAAUAAGUGAUCCAGCUGACAAUGACCUACUAAAAAACAAAGGCAAUUAUGUGGAACUGCAGAUGGCAAUGCUAUUUUCCCAUCUAAAGUCAGGGAUCCUGCUUUUUCAUCAUCUAACAGCUUGUUCAGCUAUGGUCAGCUGUACCAAUCAGGGAUAUAAAGCUAUGCUGUUUUGUUGUGCUUGUGUCAUAGAUAUGAAGUUUUCCUGUGAAAAGAUGGGAGUAAAAUACAGAACAAAGGGCUGUAUUUCCCACCAUGGCCAGGAACAGACUGUAGUAAAUUAUAUUCUUCACAUUAGUGUGAGACACCGUUAAAUUCUCUGGCAAGGCCCUAGAAAAACUGUAGAUAAGUAAAGGAAAUGUUAGUACAGUGUGAGUGAUAACCAUUGUUCUUGAAAGAUAUGUUGACAAUAAAUAUCUACAGACACUAUGGGAUAUUCAAAUAACUUGUGAUUAUUCUUAGUAAAAAAAAGUGCCAUUUUCUAUUUCUUGCCAAUGUAUAUAUAUAUGUAGAUAUGUAGAUAUCUAUUUUUUUAGUUUACAGUAUAUAUUUUUAAACAAAAUAAACAAAAUUAUGUUGUCCACUGGAA